AAACAACAUGGCUGACAGGAAAAAGUUAAAGUAAAUGCAUAGAUUUUACAAAUUUAUAGAAUAAAGAUAAAUGAGUGCAACAAACAGACAAACGAUUGUCGUAUUUACGUUUAUAAUGUGAUUAACUGUUAUACAACUUCAGAAAAUUCGUUCAGUUGCAGGCCUAGAUACGCAACGUUGAGGAGUGUGAUAACAGGUGCUUGUUUCUGUCAGUCAACCAGAUUUCAAUUAUGAUUUGAUGGAAAUAUAAGCAAAUAUUACAGAAAAAAAGUUUGGAUAAAUAUGUAGACUUGAGGACCAUAUUUUGGCAAUAGAAUAUCAAAAUGCCAUUUGAAGCAACCAUAACUUUUAGUUUUUAUUUUAUCAACUGGGCAUUUGGCAUCACAGUGGUUUAUCACCAUAUGCUAGCCUAGGAGAGUUAGGCUAGUAUACACGUUGUAUAAAUUCAACAGUACACUGUUUCUUAUUAGACUGCGCAUCUAACAGCUUAGCAAUGAUUGCUACAAAGCGCAAUACCAAAGGCUUAAACAAUAACGCCAACAUUGUAAGCAAGGAUAGGUUAUUCUCUAUCACCAUCCAUAUGAGAACGACAGGAGAAAACUUCAAAAUGAAAAAGAUAUAUUCCGAGAUGAAAAUAUCAGAACUGAAGGGCUUUGCUGAGUUUUCCACUGGAAUACCUUUUGAUAUGCAGCGUUUGAACUAUUUAGAUGAGGGAGACCUACAAGAUCAUACUGAAGUAAGACAGAAUGAUAUUGUUCCCGGUGCCACUAUUAACAUGAAAGUCUGGCACAUGUGGACGACACUAGUUGAUGCUGUGGCUCAAAAUGAUAUUGACUGGCUUUUCAAAUUAGGAGUAAUAAAGGACUCAGAUUAUGAGACCCCUAAUUAUAACUACAUGAACAAGAAACAUAAAGGACCAUAUAUCGAGACUAGAGCUGCUGUAGCAUUGUUUGUUGCCGCACACAGAGGAAAUGUUCAGAUGUGCCGGAAGCUUAUCGAAGCAGGUGCCGAUGUGAAUGCCAAGACAGCUUUAGGUAGGACACCUCUACAUGUUGCCGCAGCAACAGACAGUGGACCAAUCAUAGACCUCCUGCUGGAGAAAGGUGCUAAUAUAAAUGAAGUGGACAUCAACGGUGACACAGCUUUGGACAUUUCAAAUUUCUUUGGUCACAAGGGAUGUGAGCGCCAUCUUUUCUUGUUCCGAUGGCAAGAACGCGCAAAACAGUCAAGAAAGAAAAUUGGGCGUCCAAAGAUGGCGCACAUGCACUUUGAUUCCGCAUUUCCUGUGUGGUUGUCUGGCAAACAUGGUCAGAUUUAUAUGUCAGAGAUUAUGGGGCCACAGGAGUUCCAAGGAACUGGGUUUGAUGCUCCUAAGCAUGUUCACCAUGGGCCACCACAGAGACAGGAAAGAACCAUUUCAGCAGCAUCCACAUUUGAUAGUCUGGAUGCUGAAAAUGAAGAAUGGGUGAAAGACCUGGAGAGACAAUCCACAAGACAGCUGUCUCGGGAGAAGAGCAGAGGGUCAACCACACUGGCAUCUGCCCUUAAGAUGCCUACAAUAACAGAGUCAGAAAAUGCCACUGUUGGAGGAGGGACAAAUACAGACUCCAGAGGUAAGACACGGGACACAAGACGAGGUAGCGAACUUUUGCUCUCAAGGGAAGCUACAGACUUGAGCAAAGCCAGCAAAGAUUCUACAGCUGCAGGAAAAUCUCCCCGAAAAAGUUUAACUUUCUUAGAUCCUGUGUCAAAAGAGGAGAAAAAGACGAAAGAGUUUGAAAGUUGGCUGGAAGAAAAGAAGAAAGAAGAUGCCAUCAAAUUGAAAGAAAGGCGUGAAAAAGAAGCAGAUGAAAAAUGGGAGAAAGAGAAAAGAUCCAGAGAGGCUGAAGAGAAUGAGCUAUCAUACGAAACAUGGUUGAAAGAAACCAAAAAACAAGAACGAAAAUUAUCUCGUCAAGAAACCAGAGCCAAAAUAAAAUUUGAAAGUCAAAAGGUGGACCGAAUUAGCGAGAAUACUAAAACCGCAAUAAAAAAUUGGGCAAAAAGGAGUAAAGAUGUUGAAGAGGCAAAGGUUGUGCCAUUGGCGGUAGAACAAAUCAAGAAGGGUGGUAGAAUUAGAAAACCUGAGAUAGUGGCGAGUUGAUCAGGGAACAAUCAAAGGAAGACAUCCAAUUGAUUUGCUGUUUGUCUGAGAUUGAAGGAGUUAUACAUCUUUGCACAAUUGGUUGUCACUUUGACCGACGGGAGCCGAGUGAACAAAGAUGGGAGGUAAAAUGGAUCCAUCCAAUCACU